UGUGACCGUGAAAGCUUGCCGCGUGUGUGUGUGUGUGCAAUUUGAGUUCGUUUCUGCAGUUAUCGCUUUGCCAGCAAAAAAGAGGAAGACGUUUUAGAUUGGUGAUGUGUUUUGCCAAAUUUUGAGCGAGCAUUCGGUGUUUUGCCAGCUAGAAAAAGAGCGCAUUUCGAAAAAAGCGAAACAUAAAAAAAUCGUGUUAUCUCAAGUGAUAAGAAUCAGUUGUCGGUAACAAAUUGAUUCAUAAUUAAAUUGGCAUCGGUACACUACUGUGCUACAAGCGAGACCGCACCGAAGAGGGAGUAAUAAAUUUUCGAGAAUCCGUGUACCAAAAAUCCGUCACAAUUUUUUCCAAAGGCGACAACAUGGCGUUUGCGGGCCUUAAAAAGCAAAUAAAUAAAGCCAAUCAGUAUGUUACGGAGAAGAUGGGAGGUGCCGAAGGCACCAAACUGGAUCUGGACUUCAUGGAGAUGGAGCGCAAAACGGAUGUCACCGUCGAGCUUGUCGAGGAGUUGCAAGUAAAAACCAAAGAGUAUUUGCAACCCAACCCGACAGCUAGAGCUAAGAUGGCAGCUGUCAAAGGUAUUUCUAAACUAUCAGGUCAGGCUAAAAGUAAUACUUAUCCACAACCAGAAGGUAUACUGGCCGAUUGUAUGUUGACUUACGGGAAGAAGCUGGGUGAAGAUAGCAUCUUUGCAACAGCGCUGGUCGAAAUGGGCGACUCGCUCAAGCAGAUGGCUGAUGUGAAGUAUUCUCUUGAUGAUAACGUCAAACAAAACGUUCUCGAGCCGCUACAUCAGUUGCAGAUGAAGGACUUAAAGGAAGUGAUGCAUCAUCGCAAAAAAUUGCAAGGUCGACGUCUAGAUUUCGACUGCAAGAAACGGCGCCAGGCUAAGGGAUCUCAAAUUACAGAUGAUGAAAUUAGGAGUGCCGAGGAGAAGUUUGCCGAGUCGCUGCAGCUUGCACAGGUUGGAAUGUACAAUCUAUUGGAAAAUGAUGUGGAACAAGUUUCACAAUUGGUAACAUUUGCCGAGGGUAUGCUCGAUUAUCAUUCGCAAUGUUCCGAAAUAUUGAAGGUUCUGGUAGAAACAUUGAACGAAAAACGAGAAGAAGCUGCAGCCAGACCAAAGUCGGAGUUUGUUCCGAAGACGCUAGCCGACUUGAACAUUGAAAUUCUUGGUUCGCAGGAUGGAAUGAACGGUGGGCCACCUUUUCUUAAUCCCAAUAGGUUGAAAAAUUCCCAUCAUCACAUGUACAGCUCCCAGCAAAAUCUAUCUCAUAACAAAAACCACAAUACGAACAACAAUAGCAGUCACUUUAAUCGCAAUCGCCUGUACGGCUCACAGCAAAGCCUGGCAUCAUCUCGCAGCGGUAGUGGCAUAGGCGGAAGCGGAAGCGGUGAUGGUGGUACAUGUAGUGCUAGUGGUGCUAAGGGCAGUCAUACCGUCGCCGCAUCCGACACACGGCCUCCCUCGUAUGGGUCGUCGGUAGACACCUGGUUGAACGCCUGGGACCAACCCGGCAGUAGCUUCGGCGACGGUGGCGGUACUGGACCGAAAGUUGACACUAGGGCUACCACGGUCAACAACAACAAUAAUCGUUCUAAUUAUAAAAGCAGUAACACUACGAUGUACCAUACGGCAACAAAUAGUACCUCAAGGUUUGCUAACAACAACAACUACAGUGAUCCUUGGUCAGCAUCACCGUUGCCAUCACCGAUGCGUUCCCCUGCAAGAACACCGAUGCCAUCCAAACCAACGCAACCGUGCUGUACAGCGUUGUACGAUUUUGAACCAGAGAAUCCAGGCGAACUGGGAUUUAAGGAAAAUGAUCUUAUCACUUUGAUUCAACGUGUGGAUGAAAACUGGUUCGAAGGCAGCCUGAACGGCAGAACUGGAUAUUUCCCCCAGUCCUAUGUACAAGUAACCGUGCAACUGCCUACCAACUAAGCGCAAGAGGAAGUGUGUUACGAGCGUUCUGAAUAUUUAGGAGCAUAACUUACAACCCAAGCAAACCAUGCACUAACAAUUACGAAUACGCAUAUAGCAGAUAAAGACAGUAGGAGGCAAAAGGACAACACGUUAUUGUAAAAGAAAGGCGAGUGUUAAAAGCAAUGAACCACGAAAUGCGGACAAAUCAUGCAUGCUACGGUUACGAAAAGCGGAUGGUAGAGAAGAAAAGUAAAAGAGAAAACAGUAUCUAGGAAAGUUAAACAUACAACUCUGUACAUGCUUGGGAAAGGUCGUGGUCGUGUGAAAAGUUACAUGUAUCCAAUAUAUUUGUUAUUGAACGAUUCA